AUGGUCUUGUCGGAGACGUGUCUCUCAAGGAACACUCAGAAAAGCCUUGUGACUUGUAUCUCCAAAAUAGAAGACAUUAAAACUUGGAUUUUUCAAAGAGGUUUCAGGAUCGAAGUCGAGAUCAAGGCUGACGUGGACAAUUUCGUGACAAUCGGAUCUGGCUGCAAGGGAAGAGAAGCGUGUCCGUGGCGUGAGGUCACGGAGAGACACGUCGCGACAAAAGUGACCGGCACUGAUUGUCCGAUAUGCCUGACGGAAUUAUCCCGUGCGAUGUGUCGCAUGGAGUUACAGUGUUCCCAUGUUUUUCACAAUAAGUGUGUGAUGAAUUGGCUCAAGGAGAAUCCAUCUUGCCCUAUUUGUCGUGCCGAAGCUAUCGGCGAAAUAGCUUUUAUCUAUUAG